AUGGCACCUGCAGCGAAGGCUGGUGGUGGUGGCAAGUCAAAGCCCGGCGCGCCUGCUGCCGGCGGGUCACAGAACAAUCAACAACGUCAGAUCCAGACGCGAAGUCAGAGAGCCGGUCUUCAGUUCCCCGUUGGCCGUAUCCACCGUUACCUCAAGCAACGAACCCAACAUAACGUCCGUAUCGGUGCCAAAGCUGCUGUGUACACGUCUGCCAUUCUGGAGUACCUGACCGCCGAAGUAUUGGAGCUUGCUGGAAAUGCGUCCAAGGAUCUCCGCGUCAAACGCAUUACCCCCCGCCACCUGCAACUCGCUAUUCGAGGAGACGAAGAACUCGACACCCUUGUUCGUGCCACGAUUGCAGGCGGAGGAGUCUUGCCGUUCAUUCACAAGAGUUUGACGAGCGGUGCCAAGAACGCUGCAAAGAAACCUGAAGGCACCCAGUGA